AUGAAUCCCUUUCAAAAGCUUCCAAACGAAAUCAUCGAUGCAAUAUUCACCAACAUGCACCCGGCCAAUGUCUGGCGAUUUCAACAGUCCGCCAAGUCUUCUGAGCGAGCACUGGAUCCUCAUCUUCGGACACGACGCUAUGCACUCGAUCAACUGAUAGAGUUUGGAUGUAAAUACGGUAACAACAGAGCUGUUCGAAAGGCCCUUUCUCUGGGAGCCGACGUCAGUGUUAUGACAGUUUUUGGAUUCGGAGGAUAUUUGCAGAAGUCCACAAUUCUCUCAGCCUCGCUUCACCUGGAUACUGUCACUCUCCUUUUCGAUCUGGGCGCACGACUUGAUAUCAGCCCCGACCGGAACUGUCACGGGCUUCAGAAGUACAAUACGGCCGAGUUCUUCAAAUUGUGCUCGGAUAGGGGCGCGAGAGACCAGUUUGAUGACUUCCAGAGCUGCAUCGAUCGCAGCCUUCUCGAAAAUCUACCGUAUAUUGGAGAGUCUCACGAUGAUGCUAUUGACAAAGUCUCUAUGCUGAUGGAACUCGGGGCCAACCCCACAAAGUGCAUGGACGAAUAUUUCGACCGGACAGCAGUAUCCAAGCUGAUCGCGGACAUGGAAGGAGAACACUACAAGCGGACAGAAGUCUCCAAGCUGGUGACGGACACGGAAGGAUCAUAUUCGACAUCAUGGGGUUUUCCAGUUCUUGAACUCCUCUUAUCAUCCGAGCAGCUAGACCUGAACAGCCCUUCUCUCUGGUUGACGGAAGACUUUUUAAAGAAUACAGAAAUGCCUCCUUCACAAGUUCAAUCGCCAAUUGCGGCCGCCGUCAGGCACAUGGCGGUCACCGGGUCGACACAAAUAAUGGAUAUGCUACUCGAAGCUGGAGCUAAGCUAAACUUGCCCGUACACGCAAGCCUUCAACCGCUCCUCGUCUACGCUGACGCUACUGGAAACCCUGAUGGGCCAGGGUAUGACUAUCUGUGCAGCCAUGGUGCAACGUUUGAGCAGACUUGGCAUCCUGAAGACUUUGUGGAAGACUACGAUUCGAGACCCAUCUUUCUACUCUGUUCUGUUUGGAACCGACCACCCUUUAUUCUCGACGUCGGAAAUUUGGGUGUGAUAACGCUCUUCAUCGAGCGAGGUGCCGUCAAGGACGUUGAAAUCCGAUUCAUCAAGAAUUCACUCCGGCCAAUGAUGGGUAUGGAUCAUGAAGGCGCUAUCCCAUUCAAUGUGAUAGCGCGCUAUCACUUUCUUUUGAAAUUGGUACUCCGAGAUGCCAAUAUCAGCCCGAGCAUGUCUGAUGAGAUGAACGACUUGCUGCGGGAGAUCGUGGCGGAAACGACUGUUGAGACGACGGAACUGGGAUUAUCUCUCGACUUCAGCAACAUCGUCGACCCUGUUGCGGUCGCUCUGCUGUUGGAGAGGGGUGCCAAGCUGAACGCGGCAGUUCACGGCUCGUGGACCACGCAGGAUGUCAGGCAUGAUGUGGCAUCAAAGUUGGAGAAACAGCCUUACUUUAUCGUCUGUAACAUCUAA